AUGUCUAACACUGAAAGAACUUUCAUUGCUAUCAAGCCAGAUGGUGUUCAAAGAGGUUUGAUCUCUAAGAUCUUAGCUCGUUUUGAAGACAGAGGUUACAAAUUGGUUGGUAUUAAGUUGGUUACUCCAACCGAAGCUUUGUUGAAGGAGCACUACGCUGACUUGGUUUCCAAGCCAUUCUUCCCAUCUCUAUUGUCUUACAUGACUUCUGGUCCAGUUUUAGCUACUGUCUGGGAAGGUAAGGAUGUUGUUAAGCAAGGUCGUGCUAUCUUGGGUGCUACCAACCCAUUGCAAUCUGCUCCAGGUACCAUCAGAGGUGACUUUGCCAUUGAAGUUGGUAGAAAUGUCUGUCACGGUUCUGACUCUGUUGAAUCUGCUGAAAAGGAAAUCGGCUUGUGGUUCAAGAAGGAAGAACUUAUUGACUACAAGUUGAACCAAUUGUCUUGGAUCUACGAAUAA